AUGGGAUUCUUUUUUUCAUUUCAGUUCUGGGAGGUCAUCAGCGAUGAGCAUGGCAUCGACCCCACCGGCAGUUACCAAGGAGACAGUGACUUGCAGCUGGAGAGGAUCAACGUGUACUACAAUGAAGCCGCUGGUAACAAAUAUGUACCUCGAGCCAUCCUGGUGGACCUGGAGCCAGGCACCAUGGACUCGGUCAGGUCCGGACCAUUUGGCCAGAUCUUCAGGCCAGACAACUUUGUGUUCGGCCAGAGUGGUGCAGGAAACAACUGGGUAAAGGGCCACUACACGGAGGGCGCUGAACUGGUAGACUCGGUCCUGGACGUGGUGAGGAAGGAGUCAGAGAGCUGUGACUGUCUCCAGGGCUUCCAGCUGACCAACACGGACGAGACCUACUCCAUCGACAACGAGGCCCUGUACGACAUCUGCUUCUGCACCCUGAAGCUGACCACGCCCACCUACGGGGACCUCAACCACCUGCUGUCGGCCACCAUGAGCGGGGUCACCAUAUGCCUGCGCUUCCCAGGCCAGCUGAACGCCGACCUGCGCAAGCUGGCUGUGAACAUGGUGCCCUUCCCGUGUCUGCAUUUCUUCGUGCCCCUCACCGGCCAUGGCAGCCAGCAGUACCGCGUGCUCACCGUGCCCGAGCUCAUGCAGCAGAUGACAUGCCAUGCUCUAGAAUCGCAAUACUAA